AUGAAAACAUUAGGAGAUCCUAUAUCCAUUAAAGGUUUGUCUCAUAUUGAAACUUCACGUACAGAUAGAAGAUUAAAGACUCUAAAUCUAAAUAAUAAUGCAAAUAGUUCAUUUGAUCCUUUAUAUGAGUUAGAAUCUAAGGGGAUUUCUACCACUUUAUCUACGAAAUAUAAGGCAAUGAUUGUCUUUGAUACAGGAGGUAUAGAAAUAGAAGCUGAUAGUUAUAACAGAGAUACUGAGAAAUUAAACAUUACUCGCAGAAAUAAAUACAAAGGUAUAAAGAGGCAAUAUAGAAAUAUUAUCUUAACAAGUGGUAUUGAUCCUAUUAUAAGUAGACUUAAGGGACAGAAAAUCUAUUACUAUUAUGGUGAAACAAUAGAUAAUAAAAGACAUGGCUGGGGUAUACUAGCUGAUAUGCAGAAAAUAAUUUAUGAAGGCAUGUGGAAUUAUGAUAUUGCUUAUAGUUGGUAUAUAUGCUAUCACGUUUCAAUGGUUGAAAUGGGUUUUAGAGGUAUAAAGAGGAAUCCAAAAGUGUUUAUAUUAGCUGGUAAAGAGGCAAAAAUUAUAUCAGAUGAUAGCGAAAUAUGUAGAGAGAAUCCUUUUUUUGAAUUUUUGGAAUUACAUGAUAAAACAACUUAUGAAGACGAUACCUUGAUAGCUAAAGAAGAAUCUAAAGAGUUUUAUAAAAUAUCUAAUAAUGUAAUAGAUGACUCAAAAAUCCCAAAAUUAUUAAUUGGGGGUAUACCUGUAGAUAUAUCAAAUACUCCAAUUAUAAAGAGAAGAUCUAGGAAAAUAAAGACACUAAAUUAUUCUAUUUUACCUAGUUAUGAGUCGGAUUCAAAUAAAAAGAAAAAUAUGUUAAUACCAGAGAAUAAAAGGAAGAAUGAUAUGGAUUUAAAGUAUAUUUAUAGAAGAGGUGCAACAUUUCCUGAAACUCUUUAUAGUUCUCCUACUGUAGAUGAGCUUGAUUGUCUUGGAUAUUUCCAAGAUUUUUCUAAUGAAGUUUUAAGUAGAACAACAUCAGAAUCUAGGAAAUCAUCACAAAAUACAGAUAAUUUCAAAGUUAAUAAUUUAUACCCAUUACCACUGACAGCAUCUGAAUGCUUCCAUUGGAGUAGAGGCACUUUAACACGUUUCUUAGCUUCUGUUGGUCUUAUAAAUGAAGCUUUACUUAUUCAGAGGCAUCAUAUAAGAGGAUCUGAUAUUUCAAGGAUUUCACACUGUGACCUAAUACAGAUUGGAGUUACAAAUGCUUAUUCAAGGAGAUUUAUUAUAAGUUUAUUUAAACAAUUGUGGAAUUCAAUAGAUCCUUCAGAUCCACUAUUACCUGUUAACAGACGUAAAUUAGGAACAAUAUACUUACCAUAUAUUCCUGCAUUUAUGAUAAAACUGGGACAACAUCUUGGUGAGGGAGCUUAUGGAUUUGUAAGGAAAGGUUUUCUAAAUAGAACUCCAAUAGUUUGUAAAAUAUUUGCAUUUAAUACAAAAUUCUAUGAUAGCUUUGAUACUAGCACUAAUAAUGUUAGUGAUUCAAUUAAUUCUUCUUUAGAAUCUAUAAUUCAAUAUGAUAAAGAUAAAAAGCUCAAGCCACCUACACAUACCAUUACAGGUACUCCACCACAUCAUUCAUCCAAUUUUCCCCAGCAGUAUUUAUACAAAUAUAGAGGAAGUCAGAUAAUGGGUUUGAACUUAUACAGGUACUUACCAACUCCAGUUAAACAAAGAGAUUGGGAAGGUAAAAUACUUUUUAUGCUCCAAUCACAUCCUAACAUAGUAAAGUGCUAUGGUACUAGUCAGGUAGGUGCUGGUUAUGAAUCUUUACUUUUAGAAUAUUGUGAAGGAGGAAGUAUGGAUAAAUACGUAUUUAGAAAUAAGUUUAGUAGUGUGAAUUGUAUAAGAAAUAAAUAUGUUGACAGGAUACAGUUAUUAUCUUGGCUAAAAGAUAUAGCUUGGGGAAUGACACAUGUUCAUAAUUGUGGGAUUCUUCAUAGAGAUCUUAAGCUAAGUAACUAUUUUAUAUCUAAUAUAAAUGGAGUUUCCAGAGGUAAAGUUGGGGAUUUUGGCAUAGCUGUACCAAUAUCAGAUAAUGAUUCUAGAUCAACUAUUUCUUUAUUUGGAAAUGUUUAUUAUGCUGCACCUGAGGUUUUGAGAGGUGAAGGAUUCUAUGAGCAGAGUGAUGUAUGGUCAUUUGGGAUUACUUUGUGGGAAAUAUUAUCUGAAACUAUAUCAUAUGAAGGAAUGAAUGCUGGGCUAGCAAUGGUAACCAAUGCAGCAGGUCUUAAUAUUUUACAGAUCCCAUAUAAUGUACCCAAACGUUUAUGUGAUCUAUUAAAGUCUAUAUUAAAUCAUGAUUGGAGGAGAAGACCUGAUUUUCGUUAUAUUGCAGAAGAAUUGACACAUAUAAUUAGCCAGACUGAGAGCUCAGUAUAUACAAAGUUACAAAGCUUCCUUGCAGCAUGA